AUGGUUGCGCAGUGGAUCGCAUCCGUGGCCUCUGAGGCCGUCGUCGCCAGCGGCCAUGGCCACAAGCACGGCACACCCGGUGUCCCCAAGUGCUCGUGGCCCGUCCAGAUCGUGUCCCCGGACCGCGAUCUCGACUUUACAGAAUGUUUCGAGCUCGUCGUCCUCCUGCCCGCCCCACUGCUGCUCGCCAUCCUCAUCGGCGGCGCACAGGUGUUCUACCUCACCCGCUGGCUGCGCCGUACUGGUCCUGGGUCCAUCGACUGGGUCACCCGCUCGGCUCGCAACGAGCGCGUGGCAAAGACAAAGAGGUUGUUGAUGGCAUUCGCCGCAGUCGUCGUUGCCGCAUCGGCAGGUCUGUCCGCCAAGCAGAUUAAAGAGUCACCUUACGCCUUUGUCCAGUACGCGCUCUUGGCCCUCACGCUUGCCAUCUUUUCUCAGCUCGUCUGGCUCAACCACCAUGUGUCGCGCACGUCGUCGAGCCUCGUCCUCCUGUUCUUCCCUCUCUACAUCCUCGUCUCGGCUAUCCGUGUCCGCACCCAGAUCAUCACGGGCUCGCUGUCUCUUGACCUGUCCCACACCCUCCAAGGCCGCAUUGUCCUUGCCCGUGAGGCCUUGUGGUUCUCCAGCGUCGGAAUCGCCCUCGUCGCCUACAUCCUCGAGCUCUACUCGCCCGAGAAGCACUGGGGUGUCUGGACUGCGCCAUGGUCCCGCGGCAAGAUUAGGCUCGAGGAGGAUGAGGAGGAGGACAACUUUGACUCUGCUGGCCCCUUCAAGGAGGACAACGAGGUUGAGAGCCCCGUCGCGACUGCCAACAUUUACGAGAGGUUGACCUUUUCGUGGCUGACUCCUCUCCUCUCUCUGGGAACCAAAAAGUUCCUUGGGGAAGAGGAUAUGUGGCUUCUGCCGCCUGCCGACUCGGCCGAGGCGCUGUCUGAGCGUCUCGCCACUGCCUGGCAGCAGCAGGUCGACCUCGCCAAGGCCGGCAAGAAGAAGCAGCCAUCGCUCAAGAUUGCCAUUGCCAAGGCGUACGGCCUGCCAUACUUGAUCGCCGGUAUGAUGAAGGUUGUCUACGACUGCUUCAACUUUGCCCAGCCCCAGCUCCUCCGUCUCCUCUUGGCCUUUGUCGCUUCGUACGGCACUGCCAGCCCCCUCCCGCCUUCGGCUGGUUACGGUAUCGCCAUCCUCAUGUUCCUCAUGGCCAACAUGGCCACUGCCGUGCUCCACCAGUACUUUGACCGCUGCUUCCAGACCACCAUGCGCGUCAAGACUGGUCUCAUCACCCUCAUCUACCGCAAGUCGCUCAAGCUCAGCCAGGGCGAGCGUUCCGGGCGCACCUCGGGCGACAUUGUCAACCUCCAAAGCGUCGACGCCGUUCGUAUCGGUGACAUUGCGCAGUAUGGCCACAUUGCGUGGUCGGGCCCCUUCCAGAUCAUCCUUGCGUUCGUCUCGCUCUACCAGCUCGUUGGCUGGCAGGCGUUCACGGGUGUGGCCGUCAUGCUCAUCUCGCUCCCUAUCAACACGUUCAUCAGCCGCAUCCAGAAGCGCCUCCAGCGCCAGCUCAUGGCCACCAAGGACGUGCGCACGCGUCUCAUGAGCGAGAUUCUCAACAACAUCAAGUCGAUCAAGCUCUACGGCUGGGAGAAGGCGUUCACCGACAAGGUGUUCCACGCCCGCAACGACAUGGAACUCAAGAUGCUCCGCAAGAUUGGUAUCGUCAUGUCGUGCUCCAACUUUUUCUGGCAGACCAUCCCCUUCCUCGUCGCGUUUGCCACCUUUAGCACUUUUGUCUUCACCUCCGACCGCCCGCUUACCGCCGAGAUCAUCUUCCCCGCCAUCUCGCUCUUUACGCUCCUCAGUUUCCCGAUGAGCGUGUUUAGCAACAUUAUCAACUCGAUCAUCGAGGCGCUCGUCUCGGUCAACCGUCUCGAGGCGUUCCUGGCGGCCGAUGAGCUCGACCCCAACGCUCGCAAGAUCACCCUUCCCGAGAACGACCCCCGUGGCGAGGCCCGCAUCGGCGACGAGGUGGUCUCGAUUAAGAACGGCGAGUUCCGCUGGGUCCACGACUCGAGCGAGCCCACUCUCCAGAACAUUGACCUGUCUGUCAAGAAGGGCGAGCUCCUCGCUGUCAUUGGUCGUGUCGGCGACGGCAAGUCGUCGCUCCUGGGUGCCAUGCUCGGUGAGAUGACCCGCAGCGAGGGCUCGGUCUCGCUCCGCGGCGACGUUGCCUACUUUAGUCAAAACUCGUGGAUUCUCUCGGCUACCGUCAAGGACAAUAUCAUUUUCGGCCACCGCUUUGACCCCGUUCACUACGACAAGGUCCUCGACGCGUGUGCCCUCCGCUCCGACCUCGCUGUCCUCCCCCAGGGCCACAUGACCGAGGUUGGCGAGAAGGGUGUGUCGCUCUCGGGCGGCCAGAAGGCUCGUAUCUGUCUUGCUCGCGCGUGCUACGCCCGUGCCGACAUUUACCUUCUCGACGACCCCCUGUCGGCCGUCGACGCCCACGUCGGUCGCCACAUCUUUGACCAGGUUAUUGGCCCCAACGGUCUGCUCAAGAACAAGGCUCGUAUCCUCUGCACCAACGCUGUCAAUGUCCUCCCCCAGGCCGACCAGAUCAUCAUGCUCCGUCGCGGCGACAUUAUCGAGCGCAACAACUACCACUCGGCCAUGGCUGACACCUCGUCCGAGCUGUACAAGCUCAUCACCGGUCUCGGCAAGCAGUCUACCCACAGCGGCGAGGAGUCUGGCACUGUCACCCCUACCAUUGUCGCCUCGUCCGAGGAGGACCUGUCGGGCGAGGAACUCGACGACCUUGAUGACUCGACCGCCGUUGCCAAGCGCCUGGCCAGGCGCCGUUCCAGCCGCCGCGCCUCGAUCCUCUCUCUCCGCCAGGCAAAGCGCGACGCGAUCCGUGACCUCCGCGAGUCGGCCAAGCCCAAGGAACACUCUGAAAAGGGCAGCGUCAAGCGCGACGUCUACCGCAAGUACCUCAGCGCGGCCGGUAUCAGCGGCGUGGUCGUCUUCAUUGCCUGCCUCGUCAUGGGCCAGGGCGCUUCGCUUACGUCCAACUUUAUCCUGCGCGCCUGGGGUCUUGCCAAUUCCAAGGCUCACCAGAACGUAAAGGUCAUGCAGUACCUGCUCGCCUACGGCAUCAUGGGCUUUUCGUCCAGUGCCCUCAACGUCCUCGCCACCGUCACCCUCAAGCUGUACAGCGGUCUGCGCGCGGCGCGCGUCAUGCACGACGUGUCGUUUGCCGCCCUCAUGCGCUCGCCCCUCAGCUUCUUUGAGAUUACUCCCACGGGCCGUAUCCUCAACCUGUUCUCGCGUGACAUCUUUGUCAUUGACGAGAUCCUCAGCAUGGCCCUCGGCCAGUUCUGCCGCACAUCUAUCCAAGUCAUCUUUGUCAUUGUCGCCAUUGCUAUCCCUGCCGGCUCGCGCCCCGUUCUGCUGGUCUUCAUCCCGCUCGGCUACAUUUACCGCAUGGUCAUGCGCUACUACCUCGCGACGUCGCGUGAGCUCAAGCGCCUGGACGCCGUGUCGCGCUCGCCCAUCUUCUCGUUCUUUGGCGAGACCCUGGCAGGUCUUCCGGUCAUCCGCGCGUACGGCCAGUCGAGGAGGUUUGUGGCCAACAACGAGGCCCGCGUCGACCGCAACCAGGCAUGCUACCAGCCUGCCAUGGCCAUCAACCGCUGGCUGGCGGUUCGCCUUGAGGCCCUGGGAUCGAUUCUGAUGGCCUCAACCGCCCUCGUCUGCGUCACUGUGCUCCUGUACAUCCCGCGCCUCAUCGACGAGGGUCUCGUCGGCCUGCUCAUGUCCUACACCAUCUCGGUCACGGGCGCGCUCAACUGGCUCGUGCGCACCGCCUCCGAGGUGGAGCAGAACAUUGUCUCGGUCGAGCGUGUCCUCGGCUACGCCAACCUGCCCUCUGAGGCGCCCGAGGAGAUCCCGGCCAACAAGCCGCCCGCGUCCUGGCCGUCCGCCGGCAGCAUCGAGUUUGACCAGUUCUCCAUGCGCUACCGCCCCGAGCUGCCGCUGUGCCUCAACGAGGUCUCAGUGUCGAUCAAGGGCGGCGACCGCGUCGGCGUCGUCGGCCGUACCGGCGCCGGCAAGUCGUCGCUCACCCUCGCCCUCUUCCGUAUCCUCGAGGCCGGCAGCGGCCGCAUCCUCAUUGACGGCGUCGACAUUGGCACGCUGGGCCUGAACGACCUGCGCAACCAAAUCAGUAUCAUCCCGCAGGACCCGCAGCUCUUCGAGGGCUCGCUCCGCAACAACAUUGACCCGACCAACCGCGCGUCGGACGCGGCCAUCUGGCAGGCCCUCGAGCAGGCCCACCUCAAGGACCACGUCACGCGCAACAUGGGCGGCACGCUCGACGCCGAGGUCGCCGAGGGCGGCUCCAACCUGUCUGCGGGCCAGCGCCAGCUCGUGUGCUUUGCGCGCGCGCUCCUCCGCCACACCAAGAUCCUCGUCCUGGACGAGGCCACGUCGUCGAUCGACCUCGAGACGGACGAUGCCGUCCAGCAGAUCCUGCGCGGCAGCGACUUCAAGGGCGUGACGACCAUCACCAUUGCGCACCGCAUCAACACGAUCAUGGACUCGGACAUGGUGCUGGUCAUGGACCAGGGCAAGGUCGCGGAGUACGACACGCCAGAGCACCUGCUUGCCAACCCCGAGUCGGUGUUUGCCAGCCUCGUCCAAGAGUCGGGACUCGAUACGGGGGCGGGUGCCGGUGGGUCGUCGUCGGCUGGAGCAAGCAGGCCCGAGUCAGCCGCCAAGUAG